AUGGGCCAGCUGAAGGGGGAGCAGCUUCGCGCCGUCGCGGGAAAAAAGAGGGCGGGAGAACAGAAUCCAGCGGGCGGCGAGGCGUGGGUCAGGGCGACGGGGAUGAGCUCGUCGACGACGUCCGGCCAGGGCGAUGACGCGCCGGGCCUGGUCUGCGUGGUGGACUGCGUGCAUGGCAUGGUCGACGCCCUCUCCUGCGUCCGCUGGAACAAGCAUCAGGGCGCGGUGGUGGAGCUGUCGGAGCACGGCAUCGUGGUCACCGUGGAGGAGAGCGGCUGCCUCCAGGCCAAGGUAUACCUCAAGACCGAGCUGUUUGCCGAGUACGACUACGGGGCGGAGGGGCGUCCACGGUUCGGCCUCAGCCUGGGGCUCCUCGUCGACUGCCUCAACAUGUUUACCGUCCCAGGGUUCGCCUCCCCUGUCGAGAUCCGGUACCCUGGCCCCGACAUGCAGCUUCUCCUCAGGUCAGUGGGGUCUCCAGAUGCAUGUAUACAUGCAGAAAUCAGAACCAGAAUUCCUGAUACUGUCGCCUGGGAUUACCAUUUUGAGCAUGCAGGGAAUACUCCAGUCACUUUUACUGUUAAGUCUGCCAUCCUGAAAGAAUCAAUUGAUGACCUUGAGUGGCCAGGCUCCAGCAUUCAGAUUCAUUUUCAUCCAGACCCCCCUUCAGUAAUAUUUAAAGGCGAAGGGCAUGGUGACUUGGAGAUUGAAUUCUCCUACUAUGCAAAUACCGAUCUUCUAAUUGCAUUCCAGUGUGACCAAGAACUGUCCUACAGGUAUAAGUACAAGUUUCUUCGUGCCACUACCUCGAAUGUUCCAAGUAGCGUCUUGAAGGAGAAUCGUGGGAGUAAAGUGACGAUUGGGAGGGGAGGGAUGCUCAAAAUCUAACACUUGGUUUCAGUUGCAAGGCUAGGUACACAAUCCUACCAUAAUUUUGCUGGAGGGACUCAACAACCAAGCCGGAUUGCUUUUAUCGAAUUCUUUGUGAAGCCGGAGGAGGAGGAUUAAAAGACAAAUGAUUCCUAGCAUGUAUUGUACUUCCUCUGUAAACUAAUAUAAGAGCGUUUAGAUAACUAAAAUAGUGAUCUAAACGCUCUUAUAUUAGUUUACGGAGGGAGUAGUAUAUAGGUUAUUUUGCUGGGCCUGUUUCAUCUAUGAGGUCUGGCUGUAUCUUCAGUACUUAUGGAACUGAAGGUCAUGGUAUUCUUUUCCUGUCAGAUGACUUGUCGUAACCUACUAGUCUUAGCUCUGGAUCUUUCUUUUAUGCUGAUUAGUUAAGUUAUAUGGAAAUGAAGAAAGUCCAUGCCA